AGAAGAUAUCAAAUGUUUAUGAAACCUCUGCCUAUUUUCUUUCUCUACUGAUCUGGUACGACUGCAAAACCUACACCAACACCACAUCGGACAAGCAAACGGAAUAAAUUCUACUCACAGAUCGGUCACUACUAAGGCCAGUGAUCUCAUGGACAGCAGCCCCCUAAGGAACAUUGGAAGAGGCAAACAUGGCAAAAUCAAGAAACCACGUGGGGGACUUCUUGGAGGAGUUCAGAGAGCAGAUCAUUGCGCAGGUGAGAUUAUCUGGGCCCAUAGCAGACGCUGUGAUCUCACAACAUCUUAUCCCAGAAGAGCUGGCACACAGCGUCCGUGCAGCCCAGACCACACAAGACCAGAUGAGGGCGCUGUUUGAAGCCGUAGAGAGAGAGACACCUCAAACCAAACGUGCAUUCCAUCUGAUAUUGAAACGGAAAGAGCCUGAACUCAUGGACAAGCUAGAGAAGAGACAACGAAACAGUAAGAUGACACAGACAGGAUUGGAUCAAAGGUAUGGAGAUACCACAACAUUAGAGGACAAGACAACACCAAAACUUGGCAUACAGACAAAAAAGGAAUCUCUUAAGAGACGAAGACAAGAAACAAUGCAAGCAAUUGAGGAGAUUGAAAAACUUUGGGAGGGGUCAAGAUGGGAGAGAAAUGAAACGAACUACAUGAAAGCAAAGAUUAAGCAACAACAAGAUGAAAUAGAAAGGCUAAUGGCUGAGAAACAAGAGCAAAACACAAUGAUGGAGCUGAUGAGGAUGGAGAUACAGAAUGUGAAUGAAAAACUGAAACAGAACAUGGAGCAAUUAAAUGUAGAGAAAGACAGAAUACGACAAUUGUGGGCUGAUGUCCAAACAGAGAAAGACAUUCUGGAGAGAAGACACAAUGAGACCAUUAACGAGAGACAGAGUUUGGAAUUGAUCAAGUAUGAGACAUUGAGAGCAAAAGAGGAGAUGGAGCACUGCAAGGAAACUACAAAACAAGAGCAGGAGAAAAUGGAACAGAUUAAGGCUGACAUUCAGGGACAGAUAGAGGACAUGGAAAUCAGAAUUGCAGAAACCAAUCAAGUAAAAGAAAAAAUGGAAGCGAUGAAAGCCGAUGUACACCGGGAGCAAGGUCAGCUGGAGACAAAAAGAGAGGACAUUAAAAGACAAAAAGAACAAUUUGAGCAGAUUAAAUGUGAGAUAGACAAAGUAAAAGAAGAGAUGGAUCGAAGGUGGUAUGAAACUGAGCAAGAAGAGCUUGAGCAGAGAGCUAGGAUCCAGCAAGAGAAAGAGGAACUUGCAAAUGUAAAAGCUGAGCUGCAGAGAGCUAAAGAGGAGGUUGAUCAACACAGGGAGAAGACGAAGCAAGAGAAGGACCUGGUCAACAAAAUGAAAGCAGAGAUUCUUCGAGACAAGGAUUCACUUGAGAAGGACAAACAAGAAACAUUAAGAAAACAAAAGGAGUUGGAGCAGAUCAAGUAUACGAUUCAAAUGGACAAAGAGGAGAUUGAGCAAAACAGAGAGGAAGCAAAGCGAGAGAAUGAUAAGAUGGAACAGAGGGAAGCUGAACUGCAGAGACAAGUGGAAAAGAUCGAGAGAAAAAUUGAGGAGACAAAGCAAGAACAUGACCGAAUGGAAAACGUAAAAGCAGAGAUACAGAGGACGAAAGAAGCACUGGAGAAACAAAAAGAUGACACCAGGAGAGUGAAGGAGGAAAUGGAAAAAAGAAGGUAUGAGACUGUCAAGGAGGAGCUGGAGCAGAGAGCUGAAAUACAGAGACAGAGAGAAGAAGUGGAAAUGCUAAAGUCUGAAAUGCAGAAAGCCAAGGGCGUUGAAAAAAUACGAGAAAACCGAGCGAGAGAGGAAGCCAAAAAGUGGAGUGAAGAAGUAAAGCGACAGAGAGAUGGGAUCAAACAAUUGAGAGCUGAAGUUCAGAAGGAAAAAGACAACGUGGAGAGGAAAAAGCAAGAGACAAUGAGAGAGAGACAAGAAUUGGAGAGGAUUCAUUUUGAAACACUGAGAAUGAAAGAGGAGAAUGAGCAAAGCAGGGAGAUCACAAAACGAGAAAAGGACCAAAUGGAGCAGAUGAAAGUUAAUAUACAGAGACAGAUAGAAGAUAUCGAAGAUAAAGUUACAGAGACGAAACGAGCAAAAGACAAAAUUGAAGAAGUUAAAGCAGAGAUACAGAGACAACGUGAAGAUCUGGAGAGUAGAAGGGAAAAGACAGAGAAAGAGAGAGAGCAUUAUGAAGAGGUUAAGUAUGAGAUAACUCAAUUGAAAGAGGACAUGGAAAGGAAAUGGUGUGAAACAGAGAAAGAAGAGGUGGAACAGAGAGCAAGAGCACAGCAAGAGAAGGAAACACUUGAAAGGUUGACGAAGGAAAAACAGGAAGUGCGAGAGGAAAUAGAAAGAAACAAGGUGGAAACGCAACGAGAAAGAGAAAACCUGGAAAAAAUGAAAGCCAGUGUAAAAGACGAGAAAAACAUUGCAGAGAAAAUAUCCGAAGAGGCCAAACUAAAGAAUGAGGACUUAAUGGAAAUGGAGCGUAAACUUCAGGAAGAAAGGGAAGAGAUCAAGAGGAGCACGCAAGUCACAAAGCAAGAGAAGGAAGAGAUCGUAGAGAUGAAGGCUGAACUCCAAAGACAGAUGGCAGAAAUAGAGAACCGUGUGAAGGAGGCAAACAGAGCAAAAUAUGAGGUGGAUCAGGCAAAGGUGGUCGUACAAAAAGUGGAGUCCCAGCUGAAAAAGCAAAGAGAUGAGGCUGGAAGAGUAAAAGAUGAAAUUGAGAAACAGAGAUAUGAAGCAGUGAAAGAACAGCUUGAACAACGAGCUGAAAUCCAAAGGGAAAGAGAAAUGUUGGAGAAAAUAAGAGAUGAGUUAGAGAGAGCUAAAGAAGAUUCCGAAGAAAUACAGCUUCAGAAUGAAAAAGGGGACUUACAAAAGAAGAUGGAUGAAACAAAGCAAGAGAGGGAGAUGCUUGAGCAAAUAAAAACGGAGGUUUUGUCAGAAAGGGCCAUAUUGAAAAGACAAAUCCAUGAAAGCGCAAGAGAAAGAAAGGACUUGCAAUUGCUUCGGUGUGAGACCCUGAAGAAAAAGCAGGAGUUUGAGAAAAAGAAGGAUGAAGCUGUCAUGGAAGAGCUUGAAGGGAGAGCUGAAAUGCAGAGAGAUAGAGAGGAGAUAGAGAGAACCAAGAAGAAAAUAGAGAGGGAGUUAAAACAAGGCAGGGAUGCCACGAGUCUAGAGAGAGACGAAGUCGAACGGAUGAAGGUUGAAAUACAGAACCAGCACGAGGAAAUGACAAGAUCCAUUGAGAGGACAAAGCAAGCCAGAGACGUGAUGGAACAGAUGAAAGAUGAAAUUCAGAGAGAAAAACAACUUUUGGAGAGAAUAAGGGAAGAAACAAUAAGAGAGAAAGAACCCUAUGAAAAGGUCAAGUAUGAGCUAAACAGAGUAAAAGAAGAGAUGGAAAAACUCUGGGACGAGGUACAGAGGGACGAACAGCAAGACAGAGCCAAACUGCAGAGAGAAAAUGUGGAGUUGAAUAAGAGAAUGGAGGAAAUUAACAAAGAGAUUAACCAGAUUGAAACAAUUAAAUUUGACCUAGAGAGACAGAGAGAGGAGAUUGAAGCAAGGAUGGAGAAGACAAAGAGAGAGAUGGACAAGCUGGAACAGACGAAGGCUGAAAUACAAAGACAGAAAGAGGACAUUGAAAACAAGAUGGCAAAAACAAAGAGCGAGAAAAAGGAGAUGGAAAGGAUCAAAUCUGAGAUACAGAAGCAGAAAGAGGAAAUUGAAAACAAAAUGCAACAGGCAAAGACAGAAAUGGAUGAGAUGAAAAGUGUGAGGGAAGAUAUUCAGAGACAGAGACAAGAGAUCGAGAACAUGAUGCAAAAGGCCAAGAGAGAGAUUGGAGAGAUGGAACUAGUGAAGACUGAGAUGCAAAGGAAGAAAAAGGACCUUGAACAGAUGAUGAGAAAGACUACGAGAAGAAAGGAAGAAAUGGAAAAGAUGAAGGAUGAAAUAGAGAGAGCGGAAGAAGAUAUGGAACAAAGAAGGGAAGAGACCAAAAGGGAGAGAGAUGCAAUUGAACAGGCGAAGGCUGAAAUAGAAAGAGCAAAAGAGGAACUGGAGAUUCGUCUGGAAGAGAGCUUUAGAGAUAUUGACGAGAAGGAACAGAUGAACGCUGAGAUACAGAGAUUAAUCCAAGAGGUAGAGCGAACCAGAGAAAUGGUACGACAAACAAAAGUGGCAAUGGAAAACAGGAUGGAAGAAAGCAAUAUGGAGAUGGGUGACAAAGACAGACUGAAUGCUGUAAUCCAGAGAUUGAUUCUAGAGGUGGAACAAACCAGAGAGGUGUUAAGAAGGGUGAAAGAAGAAAUGGAACAGAGCAAGGAGGAGUUAAAAGGGGAAAAGGACAAAAUCAGACUGAUGAAGACGGAGACACAAAAAAGAAAAAAAGAGCUGGAGCAAAGGAUGGAGAAGAUCAUGCGAGAGAGGGAUGAGUUAGAACUGGUGAAGUCAAAGAUACAGAGACAAAAGGAAGAGCUGAAACAGAAGAUGGAAGAUGUAAAGGCUGAGAGUGAAAAGAUGGAACAGAUGAAAGAUGAAAUACAGAGAGCGGUUGCAGAGAUAGACCUGGCAAGGGAGGAGAUACAAAGAGAAAAAAGGAAGAUUAAAGAGGACAAUGCAAGGAAAAAUAAGCUUUUGUUGAAGGUGCACUGGAUACUGAAUGGACUCUUAUCAAGAUUUGUCGUCAUAAUUUGUCAAAACAAGUUAUAUCUAUUACUUUUAGUUUUCUUAUUUUUAUACACACAGAAUUUGCAAUAAACAAAGUGCUAUUCUAUAUUUGUCUCGGGGACAGUUGUUGUUCUUUAAGCCAGUAUUUUGUAAGUGUAAAAGCCUUGUAAUUCAUGUAUAAGCGUGUGAUUCUAAUGUAUUUCAUUUGGUUAUUUCUGCAUCUCUGUCUCUAUACAUCCACAAUUACAACAAACAUGUGUUAAUAUGUUCUCAGAUGGGAUGAAUUUGCAGUGCAGUAAUGGAUACUAGCAGUGACUGAAGGACAAAAUACACUUGAUUAUUUUGAUAUGAGCAAUGUUUCCCUUUAUGAACUUCAGUGGGGUCUGGGAUUCACUCAGUCAGUCCUAAUUUAAAAGCAUUUACAUUGCAAGGUUGGGUCAAUAAUCAGCAACGACAGUAACACAGACACAGAGGGUCAGGUUGGCCUCAGCAGACCUAAACCAUUGUUGUCGGAGGCAGCUGAAAGGGGACACUAAUAAAUGAGUCAUUACCCAGGAAAUUGCUUAUAACCUGUUCCUUGUCGUGAAUGGCAAGGAAAGUUACUCCAAGUUGGCACAAGAACUUGGCAGUGGGGCAUACACACUUGCCCCACAACAGUGGUCUGUGAGAGCUGAGUUUGAAGUUUUGCGAAAGCUUUUCAUGUCAUGUCAAAAGAAUCAAUGCACCAUGGGCCGGUUUCCUGGACUAAAAAGGAUACUCUAUGGAGACUAUCCAUACUUUUGCUUUUUAGUUCAGGAAUAGGUUUAACCCAAAGACUGAUGGUGGAGAUGCAGGAAUAAAAAGCAAUUUUCACUUACAAUUUGACAGCCACUAUUAAAAGUGCAAGAAUAUGCAAAUACAAAACAAAAAAAAAGUAAGUUUCUGACAUUGGAGGGAACAUUCAUAUUCCUGUGGAAAAGCACAGCUGCAAUGCCUGGGAAAUCCACCAAUCGCUCAUGUGCCUGGAUACUAUUUACCAUUGUUGUCAAAUUACUGUUUGCCUAUAACCCAAUAAAGACACCAUUAAUAAA